UACCAGGUGUCAAAAUUCCCAUCACACAUGUCAGUCACUCUGCUGUGAAACUUGAAUUGAUGAGGUUUAAGAGUUGAAGAGGAGUGUGAUGGUUGUACAAAUUGGAUCAAUGGUCUCUGCUGAAUGGCUGCAGGCCGGAUAGAGGUGGAGAUCUGAUAUGAGAGCUCGGAUCAGUCUCAGGGGGUUCACACAGCUGGGCGUAUGGUAGUUUUAUCAGCAGCUGGCACGGGGAUACAUGGAGAAGAACCACAAGAAAAGUAUGAGGCAACGCUGUGCGCUCAAACAUGGAAUACUCAAGGAAUUCCUGGCUGAAUUCCUCGGGACGUUUGUGUUGGUUUUGUUCGGCUGUGGCUCAGUCGCUCAGACCGUCCUCAGUCGAAACACCCUGGGUGAACCUCUCACCAUCCACAUCGGCUUCUCUGUGGGACUCAUGAUGGCAGCGUACAUCGCUGGUGGCGUGUCAGGGGGCCACGUGAACCCUGCUGUGUCCCUGGCCAUGGUGAUUCUUGGAAAACUGAAGAUCUGGAAGUUCCCCAUCUACGUCAUCGCUCAGUUUCUUGGUGCUUUUGCUGGAGCUGCUGCAGUCUUUGGAUUAUAUUAUGAUGCUUUCAUGGACUUCACCAGUGGGAUUCUGUCCGUGACUGGAAUCAAUGCAACAGGUCACAUUUUUGCAUCUUAUCCAGCCAGACACCUGUCAAUCCUGGGUGGUUUUAUUGAUCAGGUGGUGGGGACGGGCAUGCUGGUCCUGUGUAUCCUGGCCAUCAUUGAUGGAGGAAACAUUGGAGCUCCUAAAGGCGUGGAGCCGCUGGCUAUAGGUCUGAUCAUCAUGGCCAUCGGUGUGUCCAUGGGACUGAACUGUGGAUAUCCUCUAAACCCUGCCAGAGACCUGGGACCCCGACUGUUUACUGCUGUGGCAGGAUGGGGGAUGGAGGUGUUCAGCACCGGAGAAAACUGGUGGUGGAUCCCCGUGGCGGGACCCAUGGUCGGGGGCGUGCUGGCGGCCGUCAUCUACUACCUACUCAUUGAGCUGCACCACCACCGACACCAACCCCAUGAUGAGCCCGAGAAGCCCCUUGUGGAGGAGGAGGAAGAAGAGGAGGAGGAAGAUGAUGAUGACAGCAGUCUGAAGGAUAAAUAUGAGAUGAUCACCAUGAGUUAAAAAGAAAAAAGACGUUUACCUCUAGGACAGUUUUAAAUGUUUUACAAUCAAGACACAUCCAUCUGUAAAGACAGGCUUCCUCUGCCUGCUCGCUCUCUUUAGCAAACCUCUUCAUGACAGGAUAAGCUGCAGCUCUCUCUGUCUGACCUUAAUCAAAUCAGGGACAAGAUUUACAGUCAACUUUAAACAGAUCACAAAAUGGGAUCAACUAAGAAAUAUUUUAGAUGGAGGUAACUGUCGCUAAGUUAGCUCUACAGAUAUUAUUGUACACAACAAGUUUCACUGUCUUUGGUUAGUAAUGGAUUCACCAUCUUCUUCAAACACAUGGAAAUCUCAGUCCUUUGUGCUUCAUGUUGUUCAGACUGUGCAUUAAUGGUGUAAAUACUGUACUAUAGAUAUAAGACCACCACUACCCUCUGUCUGACUGUGUCCUAAGCUAGUAGUUUUACAUGCACCUGUUAUCCCCUUUCUUUAAGUGAUAAUAUUAUGUGUAUAUUCAUUUUUCAUUUUAA